GCUGCAUGCAUUUUCUUAGUAUAAUCCCCAUCAAAACUACUCAAAAAAAAAGAGAAAAGAAAAUGAGAAUGGAGAGAUUAAGAAGUGGAAUUGCAUGCUUGAUGAUAAUAUGUGGAAUAGAAGCAGCUGCAGCAGCUGUUUUUACAGUAGGAGACACUUCUGGUUGGUCAAUUGGUUCAGAUUAUAGCACUUGGGCUUCUGAUAAGACCUUCUCCAUUGGUGACACCCUUGUGUUCACAUAUCCACCGGGGCACACGGUGGACGAAGUGAGUGCGAGCGACUACAAGACAUGCACGGUCGGCAACGCCAUCGCCUCCGACAGCAGCGGCUCCACCUCCGUCUCUCUCAAGACCGCGGGCCCACACUACUACAUAUGCGGCGUCCCCGGCCACUGCGGCGGCGGAAUGAAGCUCUCCAUCACCGUAUCAGCCGCCGCUGCAGGAGGAGGAGGAGUAGUGCCCGGAAACACCACGGUUUCUACGGCCCCACCUGCUGCCGUGACCGCGCUGCCGCCGCCUGCCAGCAUCGCAGUUCCGGCCGGGGGCGGGUUCACGGAUCCUUAUGCCUCUUCGGCGAGGCUGUCGGCGGCGGCGGCGGCGGUCUUGGCGUUUCAUGCUCUUGCAAUUUUCAUGUGUUUUGUAUGAGAGUUAAUUAAUUAUACUACCAGGAUAGAGGCAGUGCUGAUUUAUGCAUAUUUUGCUAUGUUUUUUCUACUUGUAUUAUGCAUCAUUGGAUUAUAUUAUUAUAUGUGUGUGCACUUGCUAGCUUA